UGGAUAUCACAGCAGUUCAUGGAUCAAUAUUUGAUGUUAUUGUUAAUAAAGAGUUUAGAAAAAUAUGAUGUUGAGUUUUAUACAUAAUUUGACUUUGUAUUGUGUGCAUUAGAUAAUGCUUAGGCUCGAGAGCAUUUAGGAAGAAUGUGUUUAAAUAAUAAGAAAAUUAUGGUGGAUGCAGGGACAGGUGGAUUUAGUGGACAAGUGAUAAAGAGAUGUAAAAAUUUGAUUAUUAUUAGAUAAAUAGUUUUAUAUUAAUGCAAUAAUUGUUAGCCUUCAAAAGGAGCACCAUAAUUUGCAGUUUGCACUAUAAGAGCAAGUCCAUCUUAACCAAUUCAUUGUGUAACUUAUGCUAUGGCUUUAUAUAAUUUAUUAUUUGGACCAUUGGAUGAAUCAAAUGUAUUGGCAGGUUUAUUGGAUAUAGCUUAAAUUUAAUCAUGUGAUAAAAAGGAUGUCGAAUUAAUAAAAUCUUUAGGUAUACGAACAUUCAAUAAAUUAUUUUAUGAUGAAAUAAAAUAGGGUUUAAAAGAGUAUUCAAAAGAGGAAGAACCAAAUGCAAUUAAUCAACAUAAAUAUCCAAUAUCAUUUGAGGAUGGAAUGAAAAAUCACGAAGUUUAUACAACAAUUGAUUAAUCAAAAAUGGACUAAGAAGAUGAUAAAGGUAGAUUUUGAAUAAAUAAUUUUAGUAUAACCAUUUAGCUAUUAUGUAAUUAAGUUAGAAGUUUGGGAGGAAAGAUUAUUCCUGCAAUAGCAAGUACAAAUGCUAUAGCUGCUGCUAUUUAAAUUUCUGAAUGUUAGAAAGUUUUAGAGAAGAGAUGGAACAAAUUAAGAAUGGAAUGGAUUCAACCAACUUAUGAAAAGCUAGCUCCAACACUCCUAGCAGAACCAUAUAAUACUUGUAAUCAUUGUAGUCAUAGAAAUGUUUAUUUAUAAAUAUAUUGUAAUUUUGAUACCACUAAAUUUGCAACAGUAGUAUAAUAGGCAAAAAGCUUUGGUUUGAAUGACUAUGAUAUUUAUGGAAAUUCUGGAACAGUUUAUGGUUUAAAUAAUAAAU